UGACGCAUGGUGAUGACGCAGUUUCUGUGCGCCGCUGUUUAUGCGAGGAAUUCCGUAAAAUUCAUGACACAGACAGUUUGUAGUCUAUCAUUUGAAUUUGAAUAUGCAUUAAAGUAAACAGAUGGAUGUUUUAUAAGCGACCAUUCUGCUUUCAACAUUGAAUUUGGGGCUACCUAUAAUGAAGAUAAAUGAAGAUACGUUACUAGAGGGGCAGAAGGUAGUGCUGGUACCUUACAAUGCAGAUCACGUCCCCAGAUAUCAUCAAUGGAUGUCCUCUCCUGAUCUACAGAAGCUGACUGCAUCAGAGCCCUUGACAUUGGAGCAGGAAUAUGACAUGCAACGGAGCUGGAGAGAAGAUGACGACAAGUGCACUUUCAUCAUUUUGGACAAGCAGAAAUGGGCUAACCCGAGUAUUCCAGAGGAGGAAUGCAUGGUGGGCGAUGUCAACAUUUUUUUGACAGACCCCAGUGACCCAUCUUUGGCUGAACUGGAGAUCAUGAUCGCAGUGCCAUGGUAUAGAGGAAAAGGACUUGGCAAAGAAGUAACUCGGAUGAUGAUGUGCUACGGCAUCAGCAAACUAGGAAUUCAAAAAUUUGAAGUCAAAAUUGGUUUGGAUAACAAAAUCAGCAUUGCCAUGUUCAAGAAAUUUCACUUCCGGGAGCUCUCUGUCAGCGAGGUCUUUCGAGAGAUUACUCUUGGGGUCACUGUGAAUGAGGCUUUACACAAGACUGUGUUUGGAAACAUGGACUUCAUGGUGCAGAGAGAAUACGGGAAGGCACGAGACAGUAGACAAGUCGGAAUCCCACCAUUCCCUCUGUGAAUAGCCUUAAUAAAAGGGUUUGGUUUCACAGAAGAUGCUUACAUUAUAGUAUGUUUUAUAAAGCCUUAUGGCGCAUCUCAAUAUUAAGUAUUCAUUAGUUACUGUGUCACAAAAAGCAGAUGUACUUCUAGUAUUUGACAUUUUUUAAGUGUAACAUUUGUGUAAUAAGUAUGUAUGAAUCAAAACAACUAAACAUCGUACUGUAUCGCUGUCGUAUUGUGUAAUUUUUAACCAUGGAAAUAAAGAAACUGGAUUGUAAACGCCAGUUUAAAGCCUUUAAUCUGCAUGAGCAUGUUGUGAUUGCAUAAUCGAGAUUGAAAGGUGGAUAUAAAUUAUAGUUAGCCUAUAUAUUUUUAUUGCUUAUGUUUACUUAAUUUUUGUGUAUGUAUAUGAAAACAUAAUGAAUUAUUUUAAACAAAUUCCUGUAUGUCAGUAAAUUUAGUAGAAAAUGAUAUUAACUUCCUUGCAUCAAAAAUACAUAAAGAUCUUUUAAAAUAAG